AUGGACGACUCAACCCCUCCAGUCUCGGUUCUUCCACCGACUUUUGAGCAGCAUCACGAUGGUUUUGGGGUUCAAUGUGUGCAACCCAGGCUUUCAUGGAGGUUCUCAUACCCGAACGGACAGAUCCGUAAUUGGAAACAGACUGCAUACGAUAUUGCGAUUUCCUAUAAUAACACAGAACCCGGCCAAGUCUUCCACAUAGAGGGCGAAGACAGUGUUCUUGUACCGUGGCCAAACUCCGAGCCUCUCGACUCACGAGCGCGCCGUUUUGUGCGCGUCAGGUGCUACGGCAAGUAUUCUCUAUCUAAUGGGCGUGGUAGUGAGUUUCACCAUGAGUCCAUAACUGAAUGGUCGACGUCGUCUCUUUUGGAGAUCGCAUUACUGAGGAACAGCGACUGGAGAGGGCGUAUGAUCAGCGUGUCAGAGCCGUGGCCACUGAGCCCGGAUCAUUCAGCCCGCCCGCUAUGCUUCUACAAGCGAUUUCAUCUUUCCUUAAAAGACGGAACUAUUGAGAGAGGUCGGCUAUAUGCUACGAGCCAUGGCGUGUAUAUCGUACGAAUCAACGGCAAAAAAGUCGGCGACCACUGUUUGGCCCCGGGCUUCCAAAGCUACCAAAAGAGACUGCACUACCAAAUUUACGACGCCAAAGAUCUUUUGGUGACGCCUGGCUGGAACAAGAUCGAGGUAGAUGUGGCUGCUGGUUGGUUUGCCUCUGCUACCAGUUGGGCCAGGAAACGAUUCAUCUACGGCCAGAAACUCGGUGUCCUGGCGCAGCUAGAAAUUUGGGUGGCAGGCUCCACCACGCCGAUUUUGGUGAGCACCGACCCGAGCUGGGGCGUCAUGAACACACCCCUGGUUAGCAGUGAAAUAUUGGAUGGUGAAAUCUUCGACCAAAGUCUAAGUAUGAGCUCAAAUCUGGACAACGCCAAGUUCUCGGUCCGAGAAUCGCCUAUUCCGGUCAGCAGGCUCGUGUCUCCGGAAGCCCCGCCGGUCAGGGUGGUGGAGAGGCUCAAACCAAAAGACAUGUUCAAAUCGCGGUCCAGAAACGCUGUUAUUAUGGAUUUUGGUCAAAAUAUUGCCGGUCGCAUUUGCGUUAGAAGAAUCCAGAAAAUCGCUGGCUCUCAAAUCACGUUUCGUCAUGCGGAAGUCAUCCAAGAUGGGGAGAUUAUAUGUCGUCCUUUGCGAACAGCUAAAGCCAGGGACAUAAUAAUAUGCGAUGGCCGGGAGCUCCUUGACUGGCAUCCGCACCACACGUUCCACGGGUUCAGAUACGUCGAGAUCGCGGGUUGGGGCCCCGAUGACCAGGACUGCCCUCUCACCAAAGCUUGUAUUGUCGCUGAAGUGAUACAUACCGAUAUGCUGCGGACGGGUUGGUUUUCAUGCUCCAACGACGAUGUUAAUCGACUACAUACGAAUUCUCUCCGUAGUAUCAAGAGCAAUUUUCUCAGUGUGCCCACCGAGUGUCCCUCAAGAGAUGAGCGCUUCGGCUGGACAGGAGACCUGAAUAUUAUUGCACCUACUGCCAACUUCUUGUAUGACACGGCUGGCAUGUUGAGGAACUGGUUGCAAGAUCUAUACCUCGAUCAGAUGGAGGAGAGCGAAUACUGGUGCCAAGGCGUGGUGCCCUUGUUUAUCCCCAAUUCUUUACUAAGAAACGGCGACGGGGGGCACGGAUGGGAUCCGAUGCCCAAUGGCGUUUGGGGUGACGCUGCCAUCAUGGUUCCCUGGAGACUUUACCGUAUGUCUGGCGAUAUUAGUUUCCUCUCGGAGCAGUAUGAUAGCAUGGUUCAGUACCUGGAAAAUGGUGUGAUCCGAGGUCAGGAUGGACUCUGGGAUCCUGAUCAGUGGCAAUUUGGUGACUGGCUGGACCCAAGAGCGCCUCGUAACGAUUCUGGCAGGGGUACCACGGAUGGUACGUUUGUUGCCGAUUGUUUCCUCAUUGCUUCCACCCAGAUCGCUGCAGAGGUGGCGGCGAUGCUGGACAAGCCGGUAGACUCGACUCGGUUCAGAGACACCGCCCUGCGUCUAAUUCAUUCGUGGCGGAAAAAGUAUCUGACGGCGGCUGGCUUCGUGGUUCCAGAUACUGCAACGGCUCUCUCACUCGCCCUGUCGUUUGAUCUCCUCCCGGAAUCUGGAGGUAACUCAACGGCGGCACAGGCUGCGGCUCGUCUCUUCCGACUGGUACGUCUGAAUGACUUUAAGAUUACCACUGGAUUUGUGGGGAGUGCUCUUCUUUCUCGCGCGCUCACCCAGUCUGGUGGCGUCGAGCUGGCCUACGCCAUGCUCUUCCAGAAGAAAUGUCCUUCAUUUCUGUACCCCAUUACGAUGGGAGCUACCACAACGUGGGAGCGCUGGGACAGCAUGCUCCCCGACGGGACUGUCAACCCCGGUUCAAUGACCAGUUUCAAUCAUCAUGCUCUCGGGAGUAUUGCAAAUUGGAUGCACGCUGAUAUAGGUGGCCUCGAAGCGAUUGAGCCCGGCUGGAAGGUGUUCAGAGUGAAGCCGCGGCCCAAUAAAGAGCUAACCUGGGCAAAUACCGUGUUCGAAUCAAGGUACGGCCGGAUUGAGCUAAGGUGGACAUUGAACAGAGACUUUUUCCGCAUGAGACUCCGGGUGCCCCCAAAUUCUACCGCCGUCGUCAGCCUUCCCGGUGACGGCGGGCCAUCUGAGCUGGGGAAAGAGGAAGGCAAAGAGCAGAGAGUUGGGUCGGGAGAAUACGACUUAGGAUGUCGGUUUGCGCAGACACAGUGGCCGCCAAAGGGACUGCUACCACCAUGGGGGAGGGCAGAGUUCUAG